AUGUUCGUUAGUAUUUUCACUUCACCACUUGUUCAGCAAGCACGUUUACAGUACCAGUGCAAGCAGUGUUGCCGUGUUCUGUACUCUGGCAACACCGUGCAGCAGCAGCAGCAGCAGCAGCGUACCGUCCUCGGUGUUGCUUUCUGGAGAGCGUCUCUGCAGCGUGGACAGCUGACCCAGCUUGUGAAAGGUAGCUCGCGUCUGAAAAUGAGUCAGAGCAACCCAGCGGACGUAAAAGACUGGCGAGCUCUCACUGAAGAAGACUGGAAAGCACGUCUCACGCCGAUGCAGUUCGAGGUAGCGCGACGAGCUGGCACCGAGCGGCCUUUUACCGGCGAGUACUGGAACGAAAAACGCACGGGGAUAUAUCGGUGUGUCUGCUGUGGAACGCCGUUAUUUUCCAGCGAAACAAAGUUCGACAGUGGCACGGGCUGGCCCUCGUUUUAUGCUCCCCUGAGCAAAGAGGCUGUCAAAGAGAGACGGGAUCUAUCGCAUGGUAUGAUACGUACGGAGGUGCUUUGUGCGGUCUGCGACGCGCACCUGGGGCACGUUUUUCCUGAUGGUCCCAAGCCGACCGGGCUUCGCUACUGCAUGAACUCUUACUCCUUGAAGUUUGAACCCAAGGAGUCUUCAUAA